AUGGGAAUCGAUGGAAAAGGACAAGUUUUUACUGUUUCGCUCGAUAAAAGAUAUGUGGUACCAUGUGUAAUGAAUACUAUAAAAAAUCCUGAUUUGGCACUCAAAUUGGCUAUGCGUUGCAAUUGUCAAGGAGUUGAAGUUUUAUUCGAUCCCAAUCCUGGUGAGGUAAGUAGUGUUAUAACGGUGAAAAGGUAGCUAAAGGUUGAUUAUCCUGUGAAAUCAUAAACACAAAAACAGAGGGUUUGGGAUAUAGAAUCACUAGAUUAUUUCAGAAUUCUCCAAAUCUCGUGAAAGACUACACUCCUAGAUCAAUUUUGGAAUUGUCAAAAAAAUGCUGCAAACUUGGAAAUUGCAGAAUAGCAUCUGUGCUGUUGUGGAUAUGCGGAUCAGUAGCUAUACAAAGUAAUUUCUAUUUUUUUAAAUAUUUCGGAAAUGUAUUUGUUUUAAGAGUUUGUGUCGGAUAAUUCUUUGAACGUCACCUUGAAUUCGGACAGUUACAAACGACAAUUCGCCAAUGAAAUAUCAGAAGAAAUUGGUUCGUUAUUUGAAAAUUUCAGCCGGUGAGUUGAAGAGUUAUGAAUAAUUUUUAAGUUGAAUAUUCAUUUCAGAUAUCACGAUGUGUAUGAUUGCUGCUUCAGUUACGGCCCUAACGAUUUGAAGUAUGCUGCAGAGGAAGCCGAAAAAUGUAUCAAAUUAUUAGAAGAGUUUAAAUUGUCUGAUGAAAAACGAAAAGAAUUGGAGAACAUAGAAUUUGAAUAA